AUUAAACACGAUUUUGGAAUUGGACAUGGAGAUUUAAACAAAUCUUUACAUAAUAUGAGCAAAGAUCAAUCCAUGAAUAUGGAGUAUAACAAGAACUGAAAAUACUUUCAAUCUUUACGAAAAAAAACUCGAUGGUAAGAUAGCCACAGAAUGAUAAUAAUCUGCAACUUUAAGCGGCCAAACUUCUUUAUAGCGUGGUUGUUUUCCCUUGUAGAAACAUUAACUGGCAAUGCAAACCUAAGUCGUCCUUUUUAUGGACCAUUUAGAAGAUGAUGCCAUACAUCCCUUCUAAUCUUCCCCAGAAUUCCUGCUAAACCUGGAAUAUAGACAACCCUAAUCAGCUGAUGGACCUUCUUGACAUUAAAGAACCCAAGCAAAAGACGAUAGACAUAAAGAUAUUCUUGUUAAACACUCCUUAUUCAAAAUUUC